AUCUCCAACUAUAUAAUGACCCAGUGGAAGCUAGCUACUAGAAAGGGUACUAGUUAUUCAUACAGAAUCAUAUGUGGAAGGGUCUUGCUACUCUCUCACGGUUCUUUACCAUGGCUCCAGUGAUUCUGUUUCUUCUUUCCUCUUUGUUUGCUCAGUCACUAUUUUUGAAAGUUGAACCAGAAAAACCGCACAACUCCCACAUCACUGUAAUGGGGAUUGUUUACUGUGAUAUCUGCUCCAACAACACAUUCUCCAGAAACAGCUACUUCUUACCAGGUGUAGAAGUUAAUAUAGAGUGCAAAUUCCAAGCAAUUUCACCAAGAACCACAGAACAGAUAUCAUUCUCAGUCACAAGAACCACAGACAAGUUUGGUGUUUACAAGUUGGAAAUACCAUCAGUUGAAGGAAUUGAAUGUGCAAGCGAUUCAGCAAUAGAGUCUUCCUGCCAAGCAAGCUUGAUGUGGAGUUCAUCUUCUUCAUGCAAUGUUCCUGGUCACAAAACCACAACUGAUGAAAUUGCAAUUAAAUCAAAACAAGCCAACGUCUGUAUUUACAGCCUCAAUGCAUUGAAUUACAGGCCAUCAGAAAGAGAUACGGCCUUAUGUGGAAAUUAGAGAGAGGACUUUCUCAAGCUCAAACCCUCCUCUGCCUCCCUUCCCUAGUUACAGACUUUUCCCACCAUGCUUGCUUAAAUUCAUUUCCUUCAAAACGCUUUCCACCAGACCACCUCUUAUUACAUUACCCUUCCCUUCUUUUCCAUAUUCCCCUCAAUCUCAACUCCAAACCAUCAUGCUUGUGAUCAUCAUUAUGCCUCUUACUAUAUAUAGCCUCGUCAUGGUCCUAGAAAUCCAGAGCCUUGGAUAUCCUUUACAUAUAUAUAUAUAUCCCUUCAUCCACUCCAUUUAUGUACCAUAAAAGCUGGGGAUUAGUGAUAUUUCUUUUCAAUUUCAUUUACAGCAUUAAGCAAGCACCGUUCACCUAACCCCAUCCCUUCCUUCCACUUCAACUACAAAAGUGGGAUUAGUGAGAUCAGUUCAGUUUCUUUACUGCAGUGCUUGUAUAAUUACAUGAGCUAUACUACUUAUGCUGUCAGAAAAUGUUAAGCCUGCAUAGUGUGGAGUGAAGAAUUUGUAAGUUUGUCUCUGUGGAGAAUAUGUAAGGUUUGUAUGUUCAAGCAAACUUGAUAUUUACUUCUUUUUUUAAUGA